AUGGUGGCGCUCUCAAUGAGACAACUUUUAUCAAAAUUAAAUAGAAUCCUCUCGUAAUCAUCGACAAUUUUUCCGUUUAUUAAACUAGUUCAAAAAUUCGGGUUCGGGAAGUCCUUUUCCGCCCCGUAUUAAUUUUUCCCAGUUUUUAACGUGACAGUUGACUUGUGCGCACUCUAUGGUCAUUCGUCAGUUGGUGUGAUUUGUGGUGUUUUAGGAUAAGCCCAACCCAAAAAUUCUAGGAAUAUAAAAAUAAAGGUUUAUUGUACAUUUAUAGGACGUUCAAGCUGAAUAGCAAGGACGAAGAAUGCAAACAAUUAAAUGUGUGGUGGUGGGUGACGGCGCAGUGGGUAAAACCUGCCUCCUGAUAAGUUACACUACUAACAAAUUCCCAUCGGAAUAUGUGCCCACAGUCUUUGAUAACUAUGCGGUCACUGUCAUGAUAGGGGGCGAGCCCUACACAUUGGGGCUGUUCGAUACUGCAGGACAAGAAGAUUACGAUCGAUUGCGACCUCUUAGUUAUCCCCAGACUGACGUUUUCUUAGUGUGCUUUUCUGUAGUGAGUCCGUCCUCGUUUGAAAAUGUUAAGGAAAAAUGGGUCCCCGAAAUAACUCAUCAUUGUCAGAAGACGCCGUUCCUGUUAGUCGGAACGCAGGUCGAUUUACGCGAUGAUGGUGCUACGAUUGAAAAGUUGGCGAAAAACAAACAGAAGCCGAUAUCAGUGGAACAGGGAGAAAAGUUAGCUAAAGAAUUAAAAGCGGUCAAAUAUGUCGAGUGUUCGGCUUUAACGCAAAAAGGUCUGAAAAAUGUUUUCGAUGAAGCUAUUCUAGCCGCGUUGGAACCACCAGAACCAAUUAAACGUAAAAAGUGUGUUAUUUUGUAAUCAGUAAUUCAACCCGAUUGGAAUACUACAAUUUUUAUACUAGUUAAGGACAAAAUUAUAUAUUUAUUUUAUUUUUUUUUUGUUAACAGUUUAAAUAUUAAAAACAAUUGUAUGGUAUAUAACUUCUUCCAUUUAUUGAAGCUCAAACGACACUCGAGAUCAUUACUUCUUCUUAUGUAAAGGCUUUUAGGAACAAGUCAGUAUUACAUCCAAAUGGCUUCAAGGACUGCGAAUUUACCACUUUCGUAACUUUUGUGUUUUUCUAACAUUUUGUUAUGUUCUUUCGGCAAUAAUUUGCAUAACGUAAAUAAAUCAUUUAUUAUAUAA